AUGGUCAGCUCCUGUUGCAGCUCUGUCUGCUCUGACCAGAGCUGUGGCCAAGGUCUCUGCCAGGAGACCUGCUGCCACGCCAGCUGCUGUGUGUCCAGCUGCUGCAGGCCUACCUGCUGCAUCUUUAGCUGCUGCAGGCCCCACUGUUGCCAAUCUUGGUGCUGCCAGCCCACCUGCUGCUGCCCCAGAUGCUGCAUUUCUAGUUGCUGCCGCCCCAGCUGCUGCUUGCGCCCAAUCUGUGGCCGGGUCUCCUGCUACGUCACUUGCUAUCGCCCCACCUGUGUCACCUCCACCUGCCCCCGCCCCGUGUGCUGUGCCUCCUCUUGCUGCUGA